AUGAACACAUAUUCUGUGCAGUUAGCCUACUUAUUACCAGAGGCAAUGAUGCAACGGAUGGCUCCAGACACCCCUCCUAUUCAUGUUACAAGUGAUAGACAAGUUCGGAACUUGCUCGAGAUAGCUAAAAUGCAUGAAGUACGUCUUUGUGUAUCAAGCCUUAGCAAGAUGAUAGCUGUUUCAGAGGAAGCGGAAGAGGAUGAUGAAUGGGAUGAAGCUGAUGAAGGGAAUAAAGCUGAUGAAGUGGACGAAGAUGAUGAUGAUAUGGCUGAAGAUGAAAAUCAUGAUGGGGACGAGGAUGUUGAUAUCCCUGUUGUUGCUGAAGCGGUUGAUGAUGCUGAGGAUUACAAUUUCAAAGGGACUGGUAGUGAAGGAGGAAGAUCGUAUGGUAGCAAGAUCUAUGUCAACCAGAGUUUUGCUAGUAAGGAUGCAUUGGUUUCAGAGUUACGGUUGACAGCGGUGAGGCGUAAGUUCUUCUUCAGAAUAUACAAGUCAACGAAAACUCUCCUUGUGGCAACAUGUCGGGUUAAUGGUUGUGGAUGGGAGAUCAGAGCGAGUGUGAAACAUGGGACAAACACUUUUUGGGUAACCAAGUAUGUGGAAACUCAUACAUGUUAUGUGGGAGACAGAAUCGCCCAGCGGAAACACUGUACUCCGAAGUAUAUUGGUAGGCUUUUCAUAGAUCGUGUUGGAAUCAUUGAUGGGUUGAAUCCGCAACAUAUCAAAGAUGUCAUGAAGAACGUGUUUGGCAUGACACUUGAUUACACCACUUCAUACAGAGCAUUGUUAUAUGCGCAAGAAUUGGUGAGAGGAUCAGCGGCAGAUGGGUAUGAGCGUCUGCCUUCAUAUUUGGAGCAAAUCUCCUUAGCAAAUCUGGGUUCUAUCACUGGUCUGGAACUUGAUUCUCUAAAUAGAUUUAAGUAUCUAUUUCUCUCCUUUGGCUAUUCUAUCCGAGGUUUUCAGUAUCAGAGAAGGGUCAUUGUGGUGGAUGGGACUCACCUAAGUGGGAAGUAUGAAGGUGUUAUGUUUGUUGCAGCCGCACAAGAUGGUAAUUUUCAGAUAUUUUCAGAUCGCAAAAGCCAAUGGAAAUAUCUGAAAAUUACCAUUGGCUUUUGCGAUCUUUGA